AUUCUCACUACGGUAAUUGUAUCCUGCACAGGUUUUCGGCAUUCAGAUCCUCAUCUAAAUCUGCCUGCCCUGUUGCCUACUCACGAGUCACCGCAUCAUCAAUUCGGCACGUCAACGAAUAACUGACUUUGUUCGGUCCGAUGUUGCUGCUGGCACUGCUGCCAUUAUUUGCAAUUACUCACGCACCGAAUCUUGGUCCUCGCCAGCUCUUGGACGCCCUCGGCCGUCCUCCGACCACAGCUCACCACCCAUCCCGAUCAGCAUCAACACCAGCACUGCUGAGCACUGCUGCUACAACUAUCUUCCUACCAGCAAUACAGAAUUAUCUUCAGCAUUACCUCGCUGUCAUGUGUCACCGUUGACGUUGAAAGACGUCCGUCUGCCUCGCUCUAGCCCCAGACGCCAGCCACAACCUUGUCGUCCAUCUGCCGUCAUCCCCUCCAAUCAUCAGCCACCCGCGGCACCCAUCGCGAGAGACGGUUCGCCACUGUGCCAGAGAGUAACGUAACUAAUCGUAGGCUAGAAAGCUCUGCAGGCAACCUCAAGCUUCAGCAAGCCUUACUGUGCGCCACAAGAAACCAUCUCACCUGGCUUCGCAAGUAGUCAAGC